AUGCAUAUCAACCCCCAACGCGCGAAGCAACUGACCGAAAAUAUCGCGAGCAUUACAUCACGUAUCAAUGCCGCCAGCAAAAGCAGACAAAAUGUCCGCCUCAUAGCCGUCUCGAAGCUGAAGCCCGCCAACGAUAUCCUCGCCCUGCACCAGCCCCCGAACCCGCUGCAAACCCACUUCGGCGAAAACUACGUCCAGGAACUCCUCGAAAAAUCCAAACUCCUCCCUCGCAGCAUCCGCUGGCACAUGAUCGGCGGCCUGCAAUCGAACAAAUGCAAGCAGCUUGCCGAGCAGAUCCCCAAUCUCUGGUGUGUCAGUAGCGUCGACAGCGCGAAGAAAGCCAACGAGCUCGAAAAGGGACGGAGAGCGCUCAGAGAGAAGGAUGACACGGCUGAGAAGCUGAGGGUCAUGGUGCAGAUCAACACCAGUGGUGAGGAGGCAAAGUCAGGCGUUGAGCCCAGCGAGGCGACGGAACUGUGCAGGCAUGUUAUUGAGAAGUGUCCAAAUCUUGAGCUGUUUGGGUUGAUGACAAUUGGGGCUAUUGCGAGGAGUAAGGAGACGACGCCGGAAAAUGAGAAUGAGGAUUUUUUUGCGUUGAGGGAUACGAGGGAUAAGGUCGCACAAGAGCUGGGGUGGGAGAAGGAGAAGCUGGAGCUGAGUAUGGGUAUGAGUGCGGAUUUUGAGGGUGCGAUAAGAAUGGGGAGUGAUGAAGUGAGGGUCGGGAGUGAUAUCUUUGGGGAGAGGCCCGCGAAAGGGGAUGCGAAGAUCAAGGAGGAUGUCAAGGAAGAGAAGAGCUAGUCUAGGGAUGAAAUCAACGAACAGAUCAUCUAAAAUGGUAUGGUCUUUUCGCGUUCGGCUCGUGUCGUCGUUUCUUGCUAGCUAUGGGGUCGCUCCUGCCCAAGUUGCUCCGGCUGCUCUCA